ACCUGUGUGUUACGCCGCAAGCGGACUGGGAAUAGUAAGUUUAAAAUGGCGGCAGAAGCAAAAGAAUUUGCGUGACUGAAGAAAUCCUUUAUCGAGAGAGAUUUUCACUGAUUCUGCUUGUGCAUAAUGGCUUCUUUUAGACAAAAGGUUACACGUAGCAUGCUACGGCACGGGCUAGCCCUAAUUGGAUGCACUGGAGUGGUAUUUGGGGGCUAUUACACAAUGACAGGAAAUGAGAAGUUCUACAGUACUGUAGUUAUGCCAGCCAUAAGGCUACUAGACGCUGAGAGAGCACACCUACUUGCCGUCAAGGCGGCAGCAUAUGGAUGGACACCCCAAGACAAGAACAAGGACCCAGAAAUACUGAACACCAAAGUGUUUGGCCUGCAGUUCUCCAACCCUGUAGGGCUGGCAGCAGGAUUUGACAAGCAUGCAGAGGCUGUAGAUGGGCUACUGAAGAUGGGUUUUGGGUUUGUGGAGGUUGGCAGUGUUACGCCUGAGCCACAGCCAGGAAAUCCAAAGCCACGAGUCUUCAGGCUGGUUGAAGACCAGGCUGUUAUUAACCGCUAUGGCUUUAACAGUGAUGGUCAUAAGGCUGCUUCCAAAAGAUUACAAGAUCGCCUUGCAAGAUCAGGCCACCCUAAAGGUGUUCUUGGGAUUAAUGUUGGCAAGAACAAAACCUCCCCAGAUGCAGUAUCCGACUAUGUAAAAGGUGUCAAGUGUUUUAGCCCGUUAGCACACUAUCUGGUCAUCAACAUAUCAUCACCAAACACUCCUGGUCUCCGGGCACUACAAGGACGGGAAGAGUUGACACAGCUUAUUGAAAAUGCUCUUGAGGCUCGCAGGCAGGCAUCACCAUCAGCCCAACCACCCCUUCUUGUCAAAAUAGCACCAGACCUUACUGAAGAGGACAAAAUAGACAUUGCCAGUGUCAUCACAAUACAAGGGCAUCAAAUUGACGGCCUGAUUGUCAGCAACACAACCAUCACAAGACCUUCCACCUUACAAAGCCCAAACAAAACAGAACAAGGUGGCCUGAGUGGUGCCCCUUUGCGUGAAAUGUCAACAGAAGCUGUGGGUGACAUGUACAGACUGACGGAAGGAAAGAUCCCUAUCAUUGGGGUUGGUGGAAUCUCCUCUGGACAGGACGCCUAUGAUAAGAUCAAAGCAGGAGCAUCUCUAGUCCAGUUGUACACUGCCCUGGCCUACCAGGGACCCCCAGUGGUCAGAAAAAUCAAGAGGGAACUUGCAGAACUGCUAAGGAAAGACGGGUUUGGAUCUGUUCAAGAGGCAGUGGGAAUCAAUCACAAGAGAAGAUGAGAUCAUGUAGAACUUGUAAUCUUUAACAAAACCUAAAAGGUUGAAAAGCUUUUGCGAUGGCACGAAUUUCAUUAGGCAAGGAAAGACAUUGUCAAUAGGCCGAUAAUCAAGACCUGCAGGAUAGAAAUGGCAAA